CAAAAAAUUGACUUAAUAAGCACUGAAGAACCAUGCUGUGGCUUUGGACCUUGGCACUGUCUCUUCCUCUGGCCCUUGGAGCAGAGGAGCCGGGCAAUCACUCUGAACAAACCAAACAGCUCAGCGAAGCAGAAGAAGAGUUUGUCUAUGGUACCACGUUAAAGGAAAAUGAGACAGAGAGGAAGUGGGUAACCAACAGCACAAACACCCCCACAAGCUGGAGCUGGGGAAUGAUUGCUACCCCCCCUGGUGUCACUGUAAACACCAGCUCUGCCUCUGAAGGUAAAGCAGUACUUCAGAACGGAAAACAAGAAAGACUGCCAAAGGCAACCGUCACCAUCAGCUCUAUGAAUGGGACCUGCAACGUCACUUUGUACUGCUCCAAUACAGGAGGCGGAGAGAAUGUGACUUAUGCCUGGUCAUUCUCCCAUGAGAGUGUGGUACUUUCUCAAGAGCAAACCCUACAUAUCACCCAAAAGCCCGAAGACGGUUCUUUGAACUACACCUGCACAGUACGGGACACGGAGAGUGAAAACUCUGGCACAGUUUCCCUGAUUGGUCACUGCCACGUAUUCAAAGAGAUCAACAAUCCUCUCAUCACCACUUUGUAUGUAUCCCAUACAGUUUGA